UAUCGACACAGAUCGUCAAUUGCAACUUUUACAAUUUUUUUUGUGCAUUUUCUCUAUACUUGUGAUAUAUUAUAUUAUUUACAUAAGUUGUAUAAAAGUUAUUUUCAUAUUCCUUUGCCUACAUUACUCCCAAACCACAAGACAAGCCAGCAGAAGAAGGAAAAAUUAAAAAUAUCCAGACCAUCUGAUAAUGAAGAAUCGGCAAAAAUUCACAGUUUCAGAAAAAAGCCUUUUAAGCCAAAUCGAGAGGUUAGACAAGGAGGUGGACCGCAGGUUCCUCGAAUUAAGGGCCAAGAAGAAGAUAGCCAGCAAUCCCCUUAUCGUGAAAAAUUUGGCUUUUCUGCAAAGUUACAAUAAGGCCUUUGGAACACCCGUUCAACCAACCGGAGACGCUGAUACCUGUUUUCGUAAAUCAUUGCGAAAUUACUCCUCAUCUUUGGAUAUCAUCAAGGAACUUUAUCUGGACAGAAGCUCACUUUUAAAGGUUAAAAAGCCGAGAUCCAUCUUUACCAAGGCAUCCCAUCAUCGUUGUGAGCACCAAGAGGACUUCUCUUCAGUUAAACUAAAAAAAUUAGUUGAUCAACAGUCUUCGUCUGUUAACGAGCUUUUUUCGAAAGAAGUCACCGUAGAAAGCGAAAGUGAUAGUGAAGGCAAAGAUUUCUUCUCUCCUUUGGAAGAAUUACAACCAGAAGACGAGAGAUCCCAGGAAGCUUCUAAGGACCAUCCAGUCAGAGUACACAAGCUUCCUUUACCGGAAGAAGCGGAGCAACAGGACCAACACCUCAAUAAGUCAAUCCCCUUAGAUAUUAAGGAACCCUUACUAGAGGAACCUGAAGAAGAAAAUUUUAGUCCGAGGUUACAAGUUCCAGACAAACUGCUGAACCAAAACGAUUCCAGUUCAGAAGAAGACAAUUUAGUCAGUGCCAGGGCAGCUUUAGAAUCCAUAUACAGGAUGGCGGAGGAGUUCGCUGGCGAAGAAAUGGAAUCGGAGUUCCAGUCUGAAAUGGAAAACGAAUAUAGCGAUGACGAGCUUAAAGAUGUCGAGGAAAUGAUCCAGCAAGCUUCAGAGGAGCUUCAGAAAGUAGCAGAGGAGAACCAGGAGAUGAUGGAGACUCUGGAGGAAGGUGAUGAGGAAGAUCUUUUAAAUGUAACUGAGCCGCAUGGACCAGUAGCUGCAGAAGCUGCCGGUGAUUCCGUAUUUAAAUUCGAUCCGGCUAUUGAUGCUGCGGUGCUGAAGGAGCUGGAGGAAGCUGAGAAGCAGGCCAAAGCCACCGCUAAGGUCAUAACAGAAUUGAAAAAUCGCGUGGGCGAACUUUUGCAAAAGGAAAAAAUGACAGAAGCAGAAGCCAAGGAACUGGAGGACAAAAAUAAGGAAUUGAAAACGCAAAUGAUGUUGUUUGAGGAGAAGACCAAACGGAUCCAGGCUCUUUUGGGUCAGGCAAAUUUGUUUGAUAAAAUGGUGCCGAUUCAGCCUCCAUUGCAAACCAAACACGCCGAGGAUAUCCUGCCGAAAAUGUUGGUAUGCGGACGACAAGACGAAUACAUGCCAAAAAUCGUCUUGUGCACCGAUAACAAGGAGAGAUGCAGGUCCAGAAGCCCUUCCAAAGGAAGAAAUAAUCUUGGUCCAAUGGCCCAAAAACUAAACGAAAGUUACAACUUACAAGAGAAACUGGUAUGUGAAAAUGUCAACCUUGAAGGUACCAGAUACCAACUACAGUCGGACUUGCGCAACAAGGAUCAAACCGUCGACAGUCUUCAGCGUCAACUGUGCUGCCUGCAGAAUGAAAUGAAAAUGGUUUACCAAGAAAAUGCCGCUCUAAACGAAAAGCUACAGGCUUGUCCUAAUCCAUCAUGUCCGAAGAACUCGAGGAGCAACUCACCAACGCGGGGAGGCGGCGGUUCCUGCGGUCCUGGCAGAGGCAUUUGCCCCGCAGACGUCGAGAACCGACUGCAAGAAUACUCCAAUACCACCAACCAACUGGAAAAACAAAUUGUUGAUGUCGAACAAGAAGUGAGAAUGAUCCAACAAGAGCUGCUCGAGGUCCAAAAGGAACGGGAACACUUGGAACACCACCGAAGAAUGUUGGCGAUACCAGUUCCAUGUCCGGGCGGAAUGCCUUCUCCUUGUCCUCCGAUGUCCUCCUGCCCUUAUCCCCCACCCCCCUGUGGUUAUCCACCAUGCCCCAGACCGCCAUGUUUUAUGCGACCACCACCACCACCCUGUUGUCCCCCGGAGGCCUCAGGGGAAGAUCAGCAAUACAAAGAGCUCAAGGAGAAGUAUAGCAGAUUGCAAGAGGAUUUUAAGGCGAAGCUUACGGAGGUGGCAGGCUUGAGGGCGGACAAUGAGAAGUUGAAGGAGUUGGCGGAGAAGGCGGAGGAAACUAGGACAAAGUUGGAGUUGAAAGUGAAGGAGCUGGAGAAGAAGUUGAAGGAUCUGAGAGGGGAUGGUGAUAAAGGUGUAGGAUCUAAGGAGCAAUUGAUUGAUCUGCAGCAGCAGUUGAAGGUGCAUAAAGAACUUUACCGGCAGGCACAGGAUGAACUGGAGGAGCUGAGGGCUCUAGUGGAAGAUAUACAGGGCCAGUUAAAUGAUUAUAGAAAUAAGUAUCUGGAAGCAAUUCAAACCGUAGAAGAGCAACGGCGCCAAAUUGAGAUUAUGCGUCUAGAGAACAACAGGGUCAGUGAACAGGUAAACUUGGAGAUUGUGCGAGUUAAGAACCAGUUUCAGGAGAAGUUGCAAGAAUUGGCACCGUUGCCUGAUAUCUUAAAAGCAACCCAAGUAAAGUUACAAGAAGCCCAACAAAUGCACCUCUUAGCAGAGAGGAACAAUGAAUCCCUUGCUAGAGAGUUGCAGACGUACAAAGACAAGCUCCAAGAAUAUUUGGAUGAAAUGGCUCUGGCUGACUCAGACAAGGCGGCUGGGGCAGGCGAAAAGGAGCAAAUGGCCCAAAAGAUCAAAGAUCUGGAGCAAGCUCUAACCGAAAGCAAAAACGAAAAUGACGACUUACUUAUCGAAAUUGAUCGUACCAAGGAGUUAGCAGACGAAAACGAACGUCUGGCAAACGAAAAACUGCAUGAAAUCGCGCAACUUGAGGCGCAGCUCGAAAAUGUUCGCGAAGAGUCUGCGCGUCAGGUGGCGCGCAUCAAGGAUCGUUGCGAGAUCGUGCGCAAGUCGCAACAGAACCAGAUCAACGAUCUCGAGCGGCAACUCGCGCAGACGAAGGCUGCCGCCAAGGCUGCGGAAAAAGAUCGGGAUCAGAUCAGGGAGAAGAUGCAAGCGCAGAUUAGGAAUUUAAACGAGAACUUUGACGAUGCGCAGAUGAGAAUUAGGAAUCUUCAGGGGCACGUGAACUUUAUGAAAAACUCGUAUUUGACGCCGUCUGAGUUGAACUCUGGAGAUCGGAAGGCCGAGCCGAAGGCUGAUCCUUGUUGUUGCUCUGCGGAGUAUUAAAUUGGGUCUAACCUGCGUAUACUUGUGUCGGUUUAAUAGAAAAUAAAGUUUAACCUUUUUUUUUUCAUAAAUAAUUAAAAGUUUAUUUUUUUUACAGGUU